UUUCUCUCUUAUAGAAUUAACUAAUUCAUUUCCUUUUUACUUUUGGAUUUUUUUUGAUUUGAUUUGGCAUUAUUCAACAAUAAAAAAAGAAAAAUUUCGACAAAUUCCUUUUUUUUAAUUAUGUGAUAAUUAUGAGAACCAAUCCUACUACUUCUCCUCCCGGGGUUUCCACAAUUGAAGAAAAAAGUACAGGUCAUAUCGAUCAAAUUAUUGGACCCGUGCUGGAUGUCACUUUUCCCCAGGCAAGUUACCUUAUAUUUAUAACGCUUUGGUAGUCCAGAGUAGAGACACUGCCGAUAAGCAAAUUAAUGUGACUUGUGAGGUACAACAAUUAUUAGGAAAUAAUCGAGUUAGAGCUGUAGCUAUGAGUGCUACGGACGGGUUGAUGAGAGGAAUGGAAGUGAUUGACACGGGAGCUCCUCUCAGUGUUCCGGUCGGUGGAGCUACUCUCGGACGAAUUUUCAACGUUCUUGGGGAGCCUGUUGUCAAUUUGGGUCCUGUAGAUAGUAGUGCAACGUUCCCUAUUCAUAGAUCUGCGCCUGCCUUUAUCGAGUUAGAUACGAAAUUAUCCAUCUUUGAAACAGGUAUUAAGGUCGUCGAUCUUUUAGCUCCUUAUCGACGUGGAGGAAAAAUAGGACUAUUUGGGGGGGCUGGAGUAGGUAAAACAGUACUGAUCAUGGAAUUAAUCAAUAACAUUGCUAAAGCUCAUGGGGGCGUAUCCGUAUUCGGUGGAGUAGGGGAACGGACUCGUGAAGGAAAUGAUCUUUAUAUGGAAAUGAAGGAAUCCGGAGUAAUUAAUGAAAAAAAUAUUGAGGAAUCAAAGGUAGCUCUAGUCUAUGGCCAAAUGAAUGAACCACCGGGAGCUCGUAUGAGAGUUGGUUUAACUGCCCUAACUAUGGCGGAAUAUUUCCGAGAUGUUAAUAAGCAAGACGUGCUUUUAUUUAUCGAUAAUAUCUUUCGUUUUGUUCAAGCAGGAUCAGAGGUAUCCGCUUUAUUAGGGAGAAUGCCCUCCGCAGUGGGUUAUCAACCUACUCUUAGUACAGAAAUGGGUUCUUUGCAAGAAAGAAUUGCUUCUACUAAAAAGGGAUCUAUAACUUCGAUUCAAGCAGUUUAUGUACCUGCAGACGAUUUGACCGACCCUGCCCCUGCCACAACAUUUGCACAUUUGGAUGCUACUACCGUACUUUCCAGAGGAUUAGCUUCCAAGGGUAUUUAUCCAGCAGUAGAUCCUUUAGAUUCAACCUCGACUAUGUUACAGCCUCGGAUCGUUGGCAACGAACAUUAUGAAACUGCGCAAAGAGUUAAGGAAACUUUACAACGUUACAAAGAACUUCAGGACAUUAUCGCAAUUCUUGGCUUGGAUGAAUUAUCGGAAGAGGAUCGUUUAACUGUAGCAAGAGCAAGAAAAAUUGAGCGUUUCUUAUCACAACCGUUCUUUGUGGCAGAAGUUUUUACUGGUUCUCCAGGAAAGUAUGUUGCUCUUGCGGAAACUAUUAGGGGAUUUCAACUAAUCCUUUCCGGAGAAUUAGACGGCCUACCUGAACAGGCUUUUUAUUUGGUGGGUAACAUCGAUGAAGCUAGCACGAAAGCUAUAACCUUAGAAGAGGAGAACAAAUCGAAGAAAUGAAAUUAAAUCUUUAUGUACUGACUCCUAAGCGAAUUAUUUGGGAUUGUGAAGUGAAAGAAAUCAUUUUAUCCACUAAUAGUGGCCAAAUUGGCGUAUUACCAAACCACGCCCCCAUUAACACAGCAGUAGAUAUGGGUCCUUUGAGAAUACGCCUCCUCAACGACCAAUGGUUAACAGCGGUUCUGUGG